UGGUCAGAUCGGAUCUCCUGAUUGAAUCCAGCAGCUGGGAGGGUAGAACGGGGGCCCCUGGGCCCUACAGCAGCAGUGAAUAGGCAGCUCGCUCUGGACACCUCUCCUCUCAAACCAAACACACAAACACACCCAUCUGAGUUGCAGUGCAGGCAGAGAGGACAGUGUAAGUAAUAGGAAGAAAGAGUUUCAGACUCUGUGGGUGUUGAGGUCAGCCACACCCACUCAGGACAGAAGAGGACUCCGGGACACUAUUUAACCCCUCCACAAAGACACGACUCUUGAACUGUGCCUACCGCCAUCUUUGUUCCCACUUGGGAGAACAGGGAGCCAAAGCAAAGGCGGUCAAUACGUUACGGAACCAUGCACAAGCGCACCAAGAUCAAGGUGGCCAUCGGGGUGCUGAUGGUUGGCAUGGCCUGCAUGUUUGUGGCGGUGGUGACCGACCACUGGGCUGUGCUGAGCCCCCGCAUGGAGAAGGUGAACGAGACGUGCGAGGCCGCCCACUUUGGCCUGUGGCGGCUGUGCAAGAAGAACAUCUACAUCGGCCCCGAGAACUACAUCGAGGGCCAUGGCUGUGGCCCCAUAAGCCUGCCGGGAGAGGAAAACUGUACGUACUUCAAACACUUCACGCCAGGGGAAGAUGCGGAAAUCUUUGAAUAUAAGACUCAAAAGGAAUACAACAUCUCAGCAGCGGCCAUCUCCAUCUUCAGCCUGGCCUUCAUGAUCCUGGGCACCUUAUGUUUGAUCACCUCCUGCACCGGAAAAGGCGGGAAGGGACGCGACUACCUCCUCAAACCUGCUGGCAUGUUCUACGCAUUCGCAGGCCUGUGUGCGUUCAUCUCCGUGGAGGUGAUGCGCCAGUCAGUGAAGCGCAUGAUCGAGAGCGAGGACACCAUCUGGAUCGAGUACAGCUACGCCUGGUCCUUCGCCUGUGCCUGCUCCGCCUUCGUCCUCCUCUUCCUCUCCGGCCUGGCCCUCCUACUCCUCUCCAUGCCCCAGAUGCCCCGCAACCCCUGGGAGACCUGCAUGGACGCCGAGCCCGAGCAGAUGGAGUGAGGCUGGGGGAGAGGAGGAGCCGAGGGGGGGCGGUGAUGGGACGACCUGACGGCUGCAGAGCUCCUUGCACCACAAAGCCCGUCUCAGCAGGACAUGGACUAGAGGGGAAUGGAUAUGAAUGACACCCAGUCAGUAAUUUUUUUAAAGCAUAAACCAACCUGAUUGGUUGGUGAAAAGGGGGCGGUGAUGUCAUGUGUACCCUCAUCUUGUCCUGUGUUUGUAAAGCUGUUCCUCCAGAGACCUGCAGCUGGUUGCACCAGCAGAACGUAAGGUCCCACUUAGGCUACGUUGAACGUAAAUCACCCAAACGUUCGACUUUACACUCUACUAAAAAAAUAGCAGUUGCACCAAGCAGAUAGUUUCAACGUAACACUAAGUUAUAACUUAUCUUUUACACCUCCCCUCUAGCUGGUGUAAGUUCCAUACUAACGAUAUAGAACCGUUAAAAGAAAAAAACGUAAAAAGAUUUCAACACUAAGGCAGGGUAAAGAUGGCUAUUCGUUUUGAGCAAUGGGAAGAGGAGUUUCAACACGGUUUGCGCCGGGAACGGAUUGUCCGUGACCGUAUCGAUCCAUUUCUUUAUUAUGAUGAUGUUGAAUUAUAUGCGCGAUUUCGGUUUUGCCGGGCGGAAUAUUAUAUUUAUUUAUUUAUUAUGAAAUCCGCCAUCAAAUAGCUUAACCUCACGCCUAUACCGUCCAAGCAAAUUUUAGAGAAUAAAUGACUGAAACCUCAUUUGUUUGCCCUCUCAUUUGGGUGCUAACGCGUCUUCACUCAGAUAAGGUGGAAACUUGCCGGUAUUUCCUGUUUACAUUGUUAGCUGUCAAUGAUUGGCUUGAAAUUAUCUAAACGUCAUUAAAAGCGACACUGGUACAAUUUAUGCACUACUAGUAACGAUACAACUUAAGUUAUGGUGGUGCAACCAACAUUUAGAACACCUUUAGUUUGACACUAGCUACGUCGAGCGUAGGGUUAAGGCGGACUUUACACCCGAACUUAUGAUCGGCUUUACGUUCUGCUGGUGCAACCGACUGCAGGUCCAUCGGUGUGGAAUGUAUAAUAAGAUCGGGAUUCCAGCUCGCCGCUUGGCUAGAUAACUGGUCUCAAGGCCUAAGUCUCCCAGGGGCCUAUCUUAAGCCUUGGCCUUGGCUAUAGUGUUGUUUUUUUUAAGGUUUGAAAUGUGAGGGAUUUUUUUUGUGUGUACAUAUGUAUAUACACACACACAUAAAUGUAGCAACCUUAAAAUUAUUUUCAUCUCCUUAUGAGAUUUGCUUUAUCAGAAACAAAGUGAGAUAUGGAUUAAAAGUCACGUCUAAGAAACUACCAUCAGUUAAAUGCUGGCACAACAGAUCACGCAAUGCUGAGCAUCUUGCUCAACGUUUAAUAUAAACUAAAAACAUACUCAGAGAUUUGAUGAUAAUAGCGACAGACUUAAAGUCAUAUUUUUAUGUACAGCGUUUUGUAUCAUAUCUUUGUACAUAAGUCGUUUUCUUCUACUACAGUUCAUUUGGUUGCUUUUGUAUCACAACACAUCAAUUGUGUUCAGUAUCUUAUUUGAAACACACUUAUUUCUCUUGAAAUGUUUGCCUUUAAUGACAAUUAAAGAUUUUGGUGACUUCGAUGACCACAUAACAUUUACAACUAUCACAUCAUGCAUUUCUUAUAAAAUAUCUUACAUGAAAUAUUAAAUGUGAAUAAUUUGUUG